AUGCAUAUAAAAUCCGUUCGUUUAAAGGGGUUUCGAACUUACAAGGACCUUACGGUCUUCAAUUUUUCACCCGGAUAUAACGCGAUAGUCGGACUAAACGGAUCAGGAAAAAGUAAUAUUCUUUUGGCCAUAAGCUUUGUUUUGGUAGAAAAUUUAGAACGCACGAAUAAAAGUUACUAUUUGUAUAGGGGAGAUGAAUCUUCUAUGUCUGCUGAUUAUUCAGCAUACGUAGAGAUUACAUUCGAUGUCUCAAAUGAUGAUGCUGUUUCGGAAUUUCUAGAAAAUACUAGUGAUUUAUGCCUAAAGAGAACCUUUUCUGAAUCUAAGGAUGUAUACACCGUUAAUGGCAAGCAGAUGGCGCUUAAGGAUUAUAGACAUUUACUAGAAAGUUUGCACUUGACAAAGAAUAGUGGAUCACAUGGUUGUGAUUCGCAUUUUAUCGUAAAACAGGGUGAUGUGUGUAAGUUAUCUAAUAUGGCUCCAGUUGAACGCCUGAAUUUUUUUCGUGAAAUUAUUGGACAUAAAUCAUUUGAUAUCAAGGUUGAUGAGUCCAUGAAGUUGCUGCAAGAUUCUAACAUCAUGUACAAUUCUCUGGAAAAUCAGUUGCAGCAGAUAUCUCGUAAGCUAAGUUCGCUAGAUUUACAGAAAAGGGAAACAGAAAAUUGGUUCGAUUUAGAUACAAAACGCAAGGAAUUGCAAUCUAAUUUACUUUUACUUAAGAUAUCUCAGUUAAAUGAUAUGAUAAAACAAUACACAGAACAGGAGAUUGAGCAAACACAGGUUAUUUCAAAAUUACAAAAAGAUAUGGAAUUAUUGGAAAAUUCGCUCGAAGAAUCGAAAUCAGAGCUCAAUGCAACAUUAGACUUUAAUUUGGAAACUAAAAGAUCCGAGUUAAAUAAUAUUAGAAAUCAAUUUGACGAACUUAAUAAUGAAUUAGCAGAAUUUCAAAAAGAAAUUGGCGUGAUAUCUUAUAACAACGAACAAAGCCAUAAUGAAUUAGAUGAAGUCAAUAAAAGCAUUGUACUUAUUAAUAAUAAUUUGGAUGAGUUAAAUGAUCGUUUUGUAACAAUUUCUAACAAAAUCACAACCAGUGAAAUGAAUAUAAACGAUCUUUUAUAUAAGCAGCGAAAUCCCGAUGAGAAUAUUUCGGCAGUAGUAGAAAAGUUGGAAAAGCAGAGAAAAAUGAUAGAGAAAAUAAUAAAAGAGCAUGAGAGCAAGAAGGACAAGCUAAGAAAAUCCUUGUCAAAGUGCCAAAUUGAUAUGAAAUGUAUUAAAGAUGAAAUGAUAAAGUGUAAUGAAGAGGCCUUUACUAAAUCAGAACUUUACAAACAAUACACCUCUGACAUGGAAAUCUGUACUGAAAACAAGAGGUUAAAGCAGAGGGAAAUAGCUAAAGAGAUGUUGACACAUUCCAAAUUAAAGAUACAAAUGGUUGAAGCUGAAAAUAUCUUCAAAAAGAUAUCAUUUGCCAAUCAACAACUAGUAGAUUUAGUUGGUAUAUGGCUAACUUCAAAUACAUUAGAAAAUCAUGAACAAAACUAUAUUGGCUUAUUGAUUGAUCUUAUUGAUGUUAAAGAUGAAUAUAAGGUUGCCGUUGAACAAGUUCUGGGACCUAAACUAUUUACUAUUGUUGUAGCAAAUAUGUUCUACGCUAAGUCGCUAAUUAAGUUUAUAGAGGAACAAGAUACCUACUCUAAUAAUAUUCGUAUUGUUUCAUUGGAUAUUUUACAGGCUACAAGCCCUGAUGUGGACGAAAAUGUAUAUGAGAAUACGUUUCCCCUAGAGAAAUGUAUAAUCUAUGAUGACAUAAUAUCACCCUUGAUCCACUCAUUGUUACACGAUUUCAAUUUAGUUCCAGAUUCUAGGGUGGUACGAAAACUAAUUCAAAGCCGAAAGAAUUGCGUUACCCCAAAUGGCGAAAUAUUUUACUACCAUGGAAUUGUAUCUGGAGGUUAUGUUAACACGACUAAUUCGACAUUAAAAUCCUAUUCCAGGCUUAAGCAAGUUAGAAAAGAAGCCACUAAUAUUGAAAAGUUAGUAAAAGAGUUGAAUUCAGAUUUGGAACGGAUGGAGAAUGAACAAGAUAACAUUAAGAGGAAAUGGAAUGCAGCUAAAGAUGAUUGGAACCGUUCAAUGGAAAAAACCCAAUCUUUAAAUGUUUCUCUUCAACACCUUUUAAACUUAGAGGAAUCAAUAAACUCCCAUUUGUCGGACAAUAAAGUAGUGGAAUUGACACAUAAUAUAAAAAGUUUGGAUGAACAACUCAAAAGAUUCAAAGAGUCCACCAAGCAGGAUUUAGAGAGAGACAAAGCUCCUAUUGAUAAACAGAUGGAAAAUUUAAACCGUGAAUUAUCCACUUUGAAACAUGAAAGAAUGGAAAUACAAAUGAACAAGGAACAAAUGGAAGAAAAAUUGGAAAACUUGAAGAUGAAAAGGAAUGAAAUUUCAAAAACAAUUAUUACGAAUUCCCAGAUAUUAAACGAAUAUCAAACCAGCUACGAGACAUUAAAUGCACAAAUUUUAAAUCUAGAAACAUCAAGAAGUACAUUAAAUCAAGAAGUAGUUAAUUCAAUGACCAUUGAUGAAGCUAUGCAGAAACGACAUGAUAAGUCUUUAAAAGUCGCUGAAAUAGAAGAGCAGAUAUCAUCAUAUAAUUCUGCAUUGGAUGAUGCUACGACAAAAUUAAAGACGAUUGUACAGAAUAUAUCUUCCAUUAAAAUAGCCGUUAAGGAAUGCCAGGCAGAACUUUCCAGAAUAGAUGAGAAUAUUACUGAAAGAAUAAGGAACAAUAUGAAUACUGACAGAGACAGUGUACUUGAGCAACUGUCCGAGAUCAACAAAGAAUGCAUUCCCUUGGAUUUCUCGAAUCGCUUGUCACUAAAGGAUUACGAAGAUUUGAAAAAUGACUUAGAAGCAUUGAACAUUAGGAAAAAAGCAAUUGAUGGGUCAAAGCUCGCCAUUUUACAAUCCAUUCGAACACUAAAAAACCAAAAGGAUCGCAAUAUUACACAGUUGAUACAUAAAAUUAACGAAAACAUAUCGGCCAUAUUUGAAGAGUUGGUUCCGCACGGGAGCAUCAAGUUAAUAGUCACACGGAGGGAUGCAUCCAAUCAAAAUAUUCCAGAAAAGAUUAAUAGUUGUCUGCCGGAAUGUUUUACUAACAUCGAUGAAGAAGACAAUCUAACUGGAUUGGAUAUCAGGGCUUCUUUUGGGUCGAAUACGGAUGGGUUUCAACAGAUCCAUCAAUUGUCUGGUGGGCAAAAGACAAUAAUCUCCCUAGCCUUUAUCUUAGCCAUCCAUAGAUUACAACCAGCGCCAUUUUAUCUUUUUGAUGAAAUCGAUGCAGCUUUGGAUGAUCAGUAUAGAACUAGGGUUUCAAAACUCUUGCAGAGACAAUGUGAGCAUGGAACGCAGUGUGUAGUUACAACAUUUCGGGAACAACUACUAAUACCAGGGGAUAUUUUUUAUGAGAUUUCAAAUGUAAACGGUAUCAGCUACUCUAAACAGGUCACUUUACACCAAGCUAUGGAAUUAGUAUCGCAGGUUAGAUUUUCACAACUUGUACGACAAUACAUUUAUAGCAACCACCAGCACUAA